AUGGCUUUUGUCGCCAGCGCCGCCGCCCGGUCGGGCUUCACCCAGUCCUGGCACACUCACUCCCUCACUUCAAUAACACGCCAAAAACCGACACUCAUCUCACCAUGCCAAAUCCAACGCCUUUCACAUCACUUCCACACUCAAAAACCCCGACCAACGCCCGUGACACCUCAACGCAAACUCCCACCCACCCGUCGCCUCAAAUCCACAACAACCCGCAAACGCCUCCUUACCCCGCGCAAUAUCCCCCUCCUCCUCGCCCUCGCCGUCGCCGGCGUCGCAUGGGACUCCCAAUGGCUCUUCCCCGCCUCCGCACCCUCCUCCGACCCGUCCGAGGCCACCAUCCUCGCCAACGGCCGUAAAUUCGUCCCCUUCACCGUCACCUCCAAAGACCCCGUGUCCCCGACAUCCUUCAUCCUGACCCUCAAACCGCCACAUACCGGGCCAGCGCCGCUCUCGUCGCUGUGGGACGUCUUCGACCUGUGGUGCGUCGAGGUGAAGCAGCCCCAGAUCCAGGUCGCGCGCGAGUACACCCCGCUCCCGGGCGCAGCCGGUGACGACACGCUGAGGCUGUACGUGAGGGCGCUGCGCGGCGGCGAGGUCUCGACGUACCUUUCCCGGCUGCUCCCCGGCGACUCAGUCGAGAUCCGCGGGCCGCACGGGGAGUUUGACCUGCGCAGCCGGCUGUGCGAGGCCGGUGGCCGAGUGGUGUUCCUGGCGGGCGGGACGGGGGUGGCGAGCGCAUUGCAGGCUGCGAAUGCUGUCCUGCCGCGCGGGGUGGACGUGACUAUCUUCUGGGCCGUGAGGGGUCGCGAGGAGGUGCAGGACGCGGCGCCGGCGAAGCAGAAGGGAUCGAUUUCUUCUUGGGGGUGGAAUCCCUUUGCUGGGGGGAAGGGGGCAGGAGGGAUUCAUGCCGAGGCCCUCUCCGCGGAGGUCGGCGAUGCGUCUGCCGUGAGCAGGGAGUUGCUCGCGUUGAAGGAGAGGUACGGCGAUAAGCUUGAUGUGAGGCUCGUGGUUGACCAAGAAGGGACGCGUGUGGGGGAGCUGGACCUCUCUGCAGCUUUGGCUCAAGCAGGGUCCAAGAAGCGCGAGGGUCCUCCACCGGUCUCGACGGAGGGAUGCAAGUUCCAUUCGCAGACUGCGCACCUGGGCAUGGUUGACGGCGCGCCGAAUGCCGGGAAGAGGUUCCUUUCCAAGGACGAGGACUGCGCCUGCGCUCCGAAGGAGGGAGCCGCGAUCGGCAAGAACGUCUUUGUCAUCUCUGGCCCGGAGGGUUUUGUGCAGGCGUACGCGGGGCCGAAGAUCUGGCGCGACGGAGGACAGUUGCAAGGUCCUGUGGGCGGACUGCUGGGUGCGAUGCAGAAGGGCAACCCAGACUUGUUGGAGGACUGGAUUGUCCUGAAGCUGUGA